AUGGACCCCAGGAUCUCCUGGUUUCAGCCCGAGCAGCUCGGACCCGCAAACGCUCUGUGGAUGCAAAUCUGGGAAACCACUCAGGGGCUGAGGAACAUCCACUGCGCCGCCGAGAGAGGCGGCGGCGACCGAGCGGGACCGGGACCGGGACCAGGACCAGGACCGGGGACCGGGGACCGGUGCGGACAGGGGGAUGUCUCCCCCCCGGAGCCCGGGGACAGCAACUGCAACUUCCAGCGGCCGAGGAGCCUCCCCGACAGCAGGGACAGCGGCUCAGGGAACAAGCAGAAGGGGGGCAACAAGGCCAGCACUUUCGGAUUCAAUUACAGCCUCCUGUCCGGGAGGGGCGACCGCAACGGGACUCCGUGGAAGAAGCGGGACUACAGCGAGGGGGUGGAGGGGCUGCACCAGGAAAUGGUGGACUUCUACCACUACAUGUCGCCUCGACGCGAGGAGGAGAAGAUGCGGAUGGAGGUGGUCGCUCGGAUCGAGAGCGUCAUCAAAGGACUGUGGCCCAGUGCCGACGUGCAGAUAUUCGGCAGCUUCAGCACCGGCCUGUACCUGCCCACCAGCGACAUCGACUUCGUGGUGUUCGGGAAGUGGAAGGCUCCGCCCCUGUGGAUCGUCGAGGAGGCGCUCCGGAGGCACGGCGUGGCCGCCGAGAACUCCGUGAAGAUCCUGGACAAGGCCACCGUGCCCAUCAUCAAACUGGUGGACUCCUGCACCGAAGUCAAAGUGGACAUCAGCUUCAACGUGCAAAACGGGGUGAGAGCCACUCGGCUGAUCAAGGAUUUCAUCCAAACCUACCCGGCGCUGCCGUACCUGGUCCUGGUGCUGAAGCAGUUCCUGCUGCAGAGGGACCUGAACGAGGUGUUCACGGGUGGGAUCAGCUCUUACAGUCUUUUUCUCAUGGCCGUGAGCUUCCUCCAGUUGCACCCCCGGAAGGACGCCUGCGACCCCGGCGCGAACCUCGGAGUACUUUUGAUUGAAUUCUUCGAACUGUACGGCAGACACUUCAAUUAUCUCAGGACAGGCAUUCGGAUAAAGCACGGGGGCUCCUACGUGGCGAGGGAAAACCUUCAAAGGGAUACGGCCGAGGGAUACAGACCGUCGAUGCUGUGCAUCGAAGACCCACUGCAGGAAGAAAAUGUUGGUAGGAAGUCGUACGCUGCAAUGCAGGUGAAGCAAGCCUUUGAUUAUAGCUAUGUUGUUUUAAGUCAUGCUGUCUCUCCCAUUGCAAAGUAUUAUCCUAACAAGGAAUGUGUUAGUAUUUUGGGCCGAAUAAUCCAAAUAACCCAAGAAGUUGCAGACUAUAGAGACUGGAUACACCAGAAGUGGAGUCCGCAGAGCAGUAAUGAUGUUGCGUUGAAUGGGAAUGAGAUAACUUUAGUGGUAGACCCACAGCAGUUGGACAAAUGCAACAACAAUGUUUCCAAAGAGAAUUCCGAUGUAGUCCAGUCAAAAUGCAGGAGUUUUGAAGCUUAUCUUAACGAAUGCCCCUCUAACCCAACGGUUGAUCUGUUGUUUGUAGCCUCUUCCACUUUAUCCAGUUCAAGUGAUGUAGAUUCAGAUGGAACACCUUCCAUAUCAACCAAACAAUUUGCCAAUCGCCAGUCCAAUACAAACCAAUCAGCACAAGAAGUAAGAACUGUAUCUUCUCAGUCAAGUUCCACCAAUUCAAUAAGGAGCACUAAGAAAACUCAAUGUGGUGCAGCAAUAACGUUUCAUUCCUCUAUCAAAGGCUUCCAUGGACAACAGAACUCUGGUCAUGUUGGAAGAAUAUCAAACAAACAGAAUUCAGGCAAGAAACCACACCCACAGUACCAGUCUGGCAAGAAGAGGAGACACAAGAAAGACUCUGUUCCAGCAGACUUGUUUCAGUAAUCUGCAUUUGAGUUAGUUGCAGUUUAUUCAUUGAAUCCCAUAUGGUACACAAGACUGAUCGUACUAGAUGGGAUCUGCUCAAUCUUUCUGAGAGGAUGGAUACUUUUUUCCAGUUUGUACAGAAAUGAUCGUGCGUUACUUGUUUUUAUAAAUAUUAAUUUCUUUUAUGGUGCCCGUGCAUUUCAAGAAUUACCUGUUUGGAGCACUGUUGCCUCUGGUUGAGAAGGUUAAGGGUUUGAAUACCACAGCAGGUCUCCAGUUCACCAUGUAGGCAGAUGCUCAGUGAAAUACAAUGGUAGUGCUGCAUUAUCAGAGAUGCCGUCCUUUGGAUAAGGAGUUAAACUGACAGAUUCAGGUAGAGGUUAAAAGAUCCUUUUGCACUAUUUCCUGGCCGAUAUUCCUCUCUCAUCCAAAUUCACCAAAAAAUAAUCAAUUGUCAAAAUAAACAUUGUUGUUUAUGGGGUGGUGUUUCUUCAGAUUAGCUAGUGUAUUUGCCUGUGUAAUUCCAAACACCCCAAGGUAACUCAGUUUACUUUGAAAUGUUUUGACGUGAUAUCUGUUAUCGAAUACAACCAUUUCUAAGAUGGAAUUGAUGCACAAAAAAUUCCACAAAUGAAAAUUAUGAAGAAUGUUCGUCAGCAAAGUGUAUCAGAGGAUCUUAAAAUUGUUGAAAUAUUCUACCGCCUUGAUUUUUAGGGAAAUCUAAACAAAUGUUUACAUAUUUUUACAUAAACAUUUUUAUGUAUAUAUAGAUGAGGGUGAAUCAGCGUUUGCAUUAGUAAACUUGUGAGUUUUGGUAAUUUUUUCACAUUCCUAUCAAAUGUUUGAAAGUGGUUUCAAUAUUUUCUUAUUUGUCUUACCAAUGACAAAUAAUUGAGCUUGUUUUUUAAUGAUUUUUUUUUAAAAAGUGGAUCAAAUUAUGAAAUGCCGAGAGAAUAGUUCAGCCUUACAAUCGUAUUUAUAAUUUCCCCGCCCCAAGAAAUGGCAGCUUCUAAAUUAAGUGAGAAAAUUCCAGCUGUUUUUUAAGUUUUAAUUUUUAAUGCAUGACCUUUAUUGAACAAAGGCCCUGUUGUCGUGCUUGUAUUGAGAGACCACAUGUUGCUGAGAGAAAUGCUUUACAAUCCUCGCAGGAACAGUUAAUAUAACUUUAUUUUUUAAUUAGCACUGAAAUUGGAUUCUGAAUACAGCUGUUCCAUUUUUUUUAAAAGAUCAUCACAAUGUUCCAAAACUGAGCACAGGCACAAUAUGAUAGAUUUAUUGUUCCAAUGUGUAAGAUGCCUUUUUGGGGAAAAUAAAAUAAUUGAGAGGUGUGAGCAAAUUUAAACAUCAAUCUUAAGCAUUGAAAAUACCAGAAAUGAAGUGAAACUUGCAAACUUUUUUUCAAAACCUUCCCUAAGUUUUGAAAUUGAAACUUGAAAAAUACAAUUCUUGCUAAUCAUGGUUUGCAGCUAGCAAAAGGAUGGAUAAAAAUGUACAGCAAAAGUUUGUGAACAGUUAUUCUAUCAUUGAAUCAUGAAAAACCGUCAGUAUCUUGAAUGGUAGUCUAUGUAGUAUGUAGAAACCAGUCUUAACUAAAAAAAACAAGGUAACAAUUUGGUGGAAUAUAAGUUGUUUUAGAAAGCACCGUAGAGUAGUCGAGGGAAUAAAGGAAAAUAAAUCUUAAUAAUAAAUUGUAUCAUACUUUGUUUAAUUGGUACUGCACUUUUAUACCAAGCGAGCAGUUAACAUUUUGUCAUGGACAAUCAGUCACAAGUGAUGGUAGUUAUAAAUUUGAUCUAGGCAUAAUAUCAGGAGUGUGGAAGAGUAAAAUUGAUGUUGGUUAUUACAGAUAGUUUCUUAAAGUUGUGAAUACUGUCUUCAUUUUUAAAAAAAUAAAAUCUAUGAAUAAAAAGUGCCCACAUACAAUAUUCAAAGUAAACCUUGCAAUAUUACAAUUUUAGGCAGCCUACAAUUUGUUUAACCAUGUUUCUAUGGGCCAAUUUCUAAAAUAAAUACAAAACCAAAUCUAAAUAUUUACAAUGCUAGCCUUAUUUUUCUUUUCUAUUUUUCCUUUUAUAUUGAGUUUUCAACUUCUGGUUUUGUAAGCUCUUCUAAGCUUAAUUAAAAUUAUUUUCUUUCACUUUCAUACCUAUUCUGACCCUUCCAAAUCAGAAAAUAUGAGGUCCGAACAAAUAAGAAAAUUUGGUAACAGAAAAAUCGUAUACAGAUGACUUAAAACAAUAAAGUGUUAAAUAGUUUCCAAUUCCACGAAAAAAUAAAUGAUCAAAAUGUAUUGUUUGUAAUAGUAUGGAUACGGUUGAAGAGGUUUUGUGUUGUUGGCCAGUCAGUUUAUUAAUGUUAACUGUUUUUUUGAUUCUUCAUACUUUUCACUUUUUGAUCAUAUCAUGGUAUGUCUACAUUCUAAAGCAGUUAAAUGAUUACAUCUUGGCCUGACAAAACUCUUCAUUCACAGAUUUGUUUUGUUGCCUUAAUGUGUUAGUAUCCCCUUCCAUUUAUCCCUUAACAGCUUUCCUACUGGCAACAGUCCCUUGGCUUUAACCCAUUGUGCUUUUAAUUAGCGGUGAAAGCAUGGUACUCCUUCCUGUCCUGUAUAUUGGGAACAAAAAUUGCAUCUGAACUGUAUAGGAACCAUUUUGUGAAGUAUUUUUGAUUAAAAAUAUUUCAAGUUAAUCGUCUUAUGAGUACAUGGACGACCUGAUAGGUGCAGCCUCAAAUUUACCUGAAUGUUCUAAAACAAAUGUGGAAUACUAUGUGUGUUGAAGGAAGAUUAUAGUACUUUGAACAUGCUAAUUCAUUUGCUUUCACUUCCAUCCCAGCCAUG